CAGGGACUGAGUCUCUGCCAGAUCCAAGAUCCCCUCUCCCUUCAGCAGCAGCCACUAAAGCAUCCUUGUGGAAACUGGGAAGCCGGACCCUCAGACCCACAGAUCCUGAGCCUCCAUAUCUUACCAGGAGUCAACUCCAGGCACCAUGAGAAGUACACUGCUGCUCAUGGCUAUUCUGGUCCUGAGUGUCGGAAGGAGCUGCCAAGCUGUCUGUGAGGAAUCACAGGAACAAGGGGCAUUUGGUGGGGGUCACAGCAAGGUCUUGGAUCUCUACCAACUCCCUCCAUCCCUGCUCCGGAGGCUGUAUAACAGCCGAUCUCUCUCUCUGGAUGGGUUGCUGAGGCUGCUGAGCAAGACUAGUAUGGAUCCUAAGGAGUCCAUGGAUUUCCAGAAACGUGACAUGCAUGACUUUUUUGUGGGGCUCAUGGGGAAAAGGAAUAUACAAUCAGAACCACCUAUGGAGAACCAAGAAAACUUCCCUGGUUUUGGUGAUCCCAAGUAUCCCACCAAUUCAGAGUGAGCAGAUUUCUCCAAACUGGCUAUUGGAGUGGAAGCCAAGAGUCUUGCAACAGACAAAGAAAAUGUGCUUCCCCCCCCUUUUUUUUUGCCAGAGUUUCCCACACUGUCCAACUCCUGGGACUCUGGACUGCAUUUUGAAGACAUUUUGCCUGCCUCCUCCCAAUCCCUGGAUAAAAUACCCUCAAUUCUAUUUCCUCACCCAUUGCUGUAUCACUCUCCUGCUUUGAUUACUCCAUCCCCACACCCACCAUACAAACCACAUAGAGAGUAACAUCAAUCCCAUGGGCACUGACUACAGAUGCCAAGCAAUUUUAUUUAGUGAGAAAUUCAUAAUAUAAUCUCUAGACUCACCAUCAAUAAAGUGGUUUUUACACAUGA